UGAUCCAUUUGAAAAUAUCAAGUACCGAUUCUGAGGUGUGAAUUACUCUGCCAAACUACUGAAGAACAUCUUCUUUAUCUAAAAAUCCCACCGAAGCCCAUUUCUCCCCAAAUCCCUUUGAACGAAUCUGCAGAAAAUGAGGACCCAGAUGCUUUAAAGUGAUUGAACGCCAGUAAAUUUCUCAGUGAACAGUCCCCCAGGACACUUUCAUGUGAGGAGAGACUCUUAGCCUUUGUAUUACUUCAUUAGGAACUGUGAGAUUUUACUAUGGAAGCUGGACUCAAUUUGCUCUCUUCUUCAUCGCCCUUCAUUUCAAGAUGCCACCCGAGAAGUUUCCUUGCUCCUUCUUGUUCUUCUGCUGCUUCUCCCUCCUCCUCCUCUUCUUCUUCUUCAGUUUAUAUGUUUCCUGAGCAAGCGUCUCCUGCUCGAUACUUUUCAACCUCAUUUCUUUCACAAGAACAGCACCAUGAGUGUAGACCUCAAUCGCAAAUACUCAAGGAUGAUAGAUCAUCCCAGAUGACUCUAGAAAGGAGGCUGAUCGAGAGGAGUGUUCCAAUCGAUGAAGGCAGUCGAGAUGAUCAUGACCAUCUGAUCUGGGAACUUAAGCAUCAAGCGGUUGAGUGGCCUGGUUUAUUAUCAUCAUGGCCACCCGUACAAAUGGAGGAAUAUAAGAUCUCAUCAAUCGAAAAAGAAUCCUAUAAUGCUGCUGGGGAGAUGCUUGUUAAAGAUGAACCUGAGAAUGUCAUUGCCCUUGCCAAGAAAGCUUUGUCAGCUUCAAAACAAGCAGCAUUAUUAGUUGACGAGACUGAAUUAGUUGGUACUAGUCUGGACUAUAGUUCUCUUGAUGAUUCUCUAAGCAAGGAGGGGAGAACUGUAAGGUCAACUAGACUGCAAGAUAGACGAUCUAAGAAGAGAAAGGUGCCAAAACACGUAACAACUAUUGAUGAGAUUUCUAAUUUUAGGGGAAAAGAUUCACGGAGAAAAACAAGUGAAAAGUUUGAUCCUAAUGAUCCUCUACGACUGUUCUUAUGGGGUCCUGAAACAAAGAAGCUUUUAACAGCUCAAGAAGAGUCUGAGUUGAUAGUCCAAAUCCAGGAUUUAAUGAUACUGGACAACGUGAAAGCUAGACUUCAAUCUCAGUUUGACCGUGAACCAACUUUAGUUGAAUGGGCUGAAGCUUUAGGGAUUACUUGUCAACACUUACAGUCACAGCUUCACGUCUUUCAAACCAGUCGUGAAAAGCUGAUUAAUGCAAAUUUGCGAAUGGUAGUUCACAUCGCUAAACAAUAUCAGGGUCGUGGUCUCAGCCUUCACGACUUAUUGCAGGUAGGAAGCUUGGGACUUAUGAAGAGCGUAGAAAAGUUCAAACCACAAGCUGGUUGCCGCUUUGGCUCUUAUGCUUAUUGGUGGAUUAGGCAUUCAAUUACUAAGGCAAUAUUCCAACACUCCAGAACAAUUCGCUUACCGGAAAAUGUAUAUGCCCUCCUUGGAAAGGUGACAGAGGCGAAAAAUUAUUUUGUUCGAGCAGGGAAUUAUAAGCCAUCUAAAGAAGAGUUAGCAGCACGUGUUGGAAUUACAGUGGAGAGAUUUGAUAAGUUAAUGUUUAUGUCGAGAAUCCCACGUUCCUUGCAGCAACCUGUAUGGGCUGACCAAGAAACCACUUUUCAGGAAAUAACUGCAGACUCUGAAGUUGACACACCGGAUGUCAGUGUGGAAAGGGAACUUAUGCGAAGGCACAUUCGGAAUCUCCUUAGCAUUCUCAGUCCAAAAGAGAGACGGAUAAUCAGACUACGAUUUGGUAUUGAAGAUGGUAGAGAGAAGACACUGUUGGAAAUUGGCAACAUGUUUGGUUUGUCCAAGGAGAGGGUACGACAGCUUGAAAACCGAGCCUUAUACAAGCUUAAACGAUGCUGCAACAGCCAAGGACUCGGCGCAUAUGCCGAUUUACUGACUUGAAAUCAUAUGAUCAUUGCCUUUUGUAUUAUAUGCAUCAACUUGAUCUGAACAUUUCAUCUUCCAUAUAUCAGAAGCUGUAGUUUUGGGCAGUUGGAAGGUCUCUUUCAGAAACUCUGCCAGAAACAAACAAUAACUUUUGUAAGUUCCAACAGCUAUGUAUUGUGUGUAUAUGAAGCUCAUUUGUAUUUUUUUUAGGUGUAGUACAACCUGGUACUGCUCUUCUAAGAUGCUUAGCAAUUGAUACUGAUGAAAUAUGCUGACAUCUUAAAGUGUAUCUUUUAAUUCAUUCCAGAUAUGAUAUUCAAUGAAAAUGAAGAAACAAUACUUUUUCCCGGAA